GUCCCGGUGAGGAGCGUCCCCCGCGGCCCGGCGCCAUGGGCCCGGGGCCCCCCGCGGCCGGAGCCGGGACCUCCCCGCGGCAGAUGUCGCUGGUGGCGCGGCUCAGCUACGCAGUGGGCCACUUCCUCAACGACCUGUGCGCGUCCAUGUGGUUCACCUACCUGCUGCUCUACCUGCACUCGGUGCGCGCCUACAGCUCGCGCGGCGCCGGCCUGCUGCUGCUGCUCGGCCAGGUGGCCGACGGGCUGUGCACGCCCCUCGUGGGCUACGAGGCCGACCGCGCCGCCGGCCGCUGCGCCCGCUAUGGCCCGCGCAAGGCCUGGCACCUGGUCGGCACCGUCUGCGUCCUGCUGUCCUUCCCCUUCAUCUUCAGCCCGUGCCUGGGCUGCGGCGCGGCCACGCCCGAGUGGGCCGCGCUGCUCUACUACGGGCCGUUCAUCGUGGUCUUCCAGUUCGGCUGGGCCGCCACGCAGAUCUCCCACCUGAGCCUCAUCCCGGAGCUCGUCACCAACGACCACGAGAAGGUGGAGCUCACGGCGCUCAGGUACGCCUUCACCGUGGUGGCCAACAUCGCGGUCUACGGCGCCGCCUGGCUCCUGCUGCACCUGCAGGGCUCCUCGCAAGUGGGGCCGGCCCAGGACCUCAGUGUCAGCGACCAGCUGGGGAUGCAGGACGUGCCGGUGUUCCGGAACCUGUCCCUGUUGGUGGUGGGCGUCGGAGCCGUCUUCUCGCUGCUGUUCCACCUGGGCACCCGGGAGAGGCGCCGGCCGCGGCUGGAGGAGCCGGAUGAGCACAGCCCCCUGUUGGCCCCUGGGGCCCGGCCCCUGCUGCUCUGGAGACACUGGCUUCGGGAGCCGGCUUUUUAUCAGGUGGGUGCGCUGUACAUGUCCACGAGGCUCAUCGUGAACCUGUCCCAGACCUACAUGGCCAUGUACCUCACCUACUCCCUCCACCUGCCCAAGAGGUUCAUUGCGACCAUCCCCUUGGUGAUGUACCUCAGCGGUUUCUUCUCGUCCUUCCUCAUGAAGCCGGUCAACAAGCGUAUCGGCAGGAAUCUGACCUACUUCACGGGCCUCCUGGUGAUCCUGGCCUUCGCGGCCUGGGUGGCGCUGGCGGACGUGCUGGGCGCGGCCGUGUACGCGGCGGCCGUGCUGCUGGGUGCCGGCUGUGCCACCAUCCUCGUCACCUCGCUGGCCAUGACGGCCGACCUCAUCGGCCCCCACACGCACAGCGGAGCCUUCGUGUACGGCGCCAUGAGCUUCUCGGAUAAGGUGGCCAACGGGCUGGCGGUCAUGGCCGUGCAGAGCCUGCACCCCUGUCCCUCGGAGCUCUGCUGCGAGGCCUGCGUGGGCUUCUACCACUGGGUGAUGGUGGCCGUGACCGGCGGCGUGGGCGUGGCCGCAACCCUGUCUCUCUGCAGCCUCCUCAUCUGGCCCAUCCGCCUGCGCAGCUGGGACCCUGGCGACCAGUCCUGAUGCCCCACAGACUCCUGCACCGACGCAAGUGACCCACAUUUCUGCACAGUGACGUCCCGCCUGAGGCUCCGGGAGAAACCCCCCAACUUCUGGCUUCUCCUUGUCUGGCACUGGGGGUGCAGGCCGGGCCUGUCGGGGGGACCUAGCGACUGAUCCUUGGACUUCCAGGGACUGUGGGGUCCCCAGGUUUGGGGGUGACCCAACCCCAACUCUUCCAUUCCCAGCCCCCUGGAGGACUUGGGGUGCCCCUCUGUAGAUCAGAGGCAGGAGGCGUGAGGGUCCCAGUGGGGCUGAGGGCUGCCCUGAGCUUAGCCCCAGUUCACCCCCACUUCCAUCCUGGGGGUCUCCGGACACUACCAGGGCCCCCGGGGACGGUGCUGUGACCCAAGCCUGCCAGGAGCCCCGGGCGGGCAGGCUCCGCGGCAGUGAAUAAAGAUAGGGCGUGGCCCAGCUCC